AUGGACACAGCGAAAUGGAUCGAAUCCUUCAUCCGAGCCCUCAUGUGCCUGCUGGGGAUUCUGGGAAAUAACUGGCUGGCCAUCUGCUCACUUCCUGACCGAGCAUCUCGUCUGCGUACAAACGAGGCUCUUUUCCUCAACCUGGCUGCAUCGAACCUUAUAACGAAUUGUCUUGUUGACUUACCAGACACAAUAGCAGACUUUGCCAACGGAUGGUUCUGGGGGAAGUUCUACUGCAAGGUGUUCAUGUUCUGCGCAGGUCUGUCAGAGACCAGCAGUAUCUUGUCCACUCUGUUGAUCAGCGUGUUCUGGUACCAGAAGCUGGUGGGGUCCUUGAGACGCGGUGGGGCUCCUGUAGCGAUGGACAAUUUGCACCUGGUUGCUCUUCUGCUGGCUGGAGGCUGGGUCGUUGCCAUGGCCUUCAGCAUUCCACGCAUGUUUUUCGCCACCUUGGAGACCCAGAACCAGAGCAGAGCCGAAUGCACCGACAGCUUUAGAUCAAAGAGGGCAAAGGAGAGCUACGAGAUCACCUACGUAACCCUUGCUAAUGCUAUACCCAUUGCUGGCAUUGUUUUUGCGAGCAUUCAAAUUGUGGUCACCCUUCUUCAGCAUGAGAAGCGCAUCCAGACUAUGGGCUCAGUUCCCCGCCCAGCUGCUGCCACUUCCCAUCCAGAUGGAGCUGAAAAACCUACAGUGGCUAUAGAUCCUCCAGCCAGAGCAGGUAUAAAUAUCCCAGCGGCCAGGCCUGACAAACCCACCUCCAACCCGAGCUCCCAGGUGAGGGCAGCCAAGAGUGUGGUAGCCGUAGCCAGCGUCUUCCUGGUCUGCUGGAUGACCCACCUGCUGCUACAUAUCUACAGCAAUGUGUCACAUGUGUCUGUGUUGGUGGAGAUUGCCAGCUACAUCGCUGCCUCCUACACCAGCAUCAUCCCUUACAUCUUCCUCUAUGGGGUCAGGAAGCUCUCCUGCCCCUGCUGCAAGUAG